CGCUGCUUAUUGUGUCAUAUUAAAAUUAAAGUAAAAAAAAUUUCUCAUUUGAAACGUUUCGAUACGCUUCGCACAUUUUCGUCGUCUCAACCAACCAAAUUUUGGCAAACGAAAUUUCUGUUACCUUAAUUCACAUCACACCACUAAAAAUGCCGGAAACGAGAAUUAAAAAGCUUUGCGUCACACCAAGCACUGGACACCAUAAUGAUGUCGAGGCCAGCGCCAGUCUAACUAACAGAAAUUUAGGUUUGCCCGUUCAGGCUAAUGCCAUACGUAUUCAGAAUCCAAAUCGAAAUCGUGAACCACGUCCAAGGGGUCAACGGAAUGCCACAGAAUUCACAGCCUCCCAGGAGGUGAAACUGAAAGCGGGCGAUGUUCGCAUUGACCGCAUGAAAAUCGCCAUGACCAAAUUACGCACCGAAAUGGAGGCAUCGAAUAAAAUGCUACAAGAAUUGUGUUCCUUGGCACGAAUUGAUGUCGAUAAGAUGGAAUAGAAAUUUAUAAAAAAAAAGUGUGAUGUUGAAAUUUGUAUAUUU